CGCUGUCAUCUCAGACUUCCUGUUUAAGCUUGAUGCAUUCUCUUAUAACUGCCUUAUGAUAUGUGAUAUUUGUUUGAUAUCGAAGAAAGGCAUGUGCCCGUAUUAUUUCUCUUAUAACUGCAGAUUUUAUGCUGUUCCAUUUUGUAUUUAGUCAAGUGAUGUAUGUUGUUGGUUUCUCUUAUAACUAAUUUGUUGUUGGUUUCUUUGUGGUGUAUUGAUUAUGGCUUGUUGUGCCACAUGACCAACAUGGAUUAUUUCGAUGUCUAAACCAUGUAUGGGGCUGAUCCUGACGGCGGCGGCCACAUCUUUCGCGCCUGGUCCAGCUGCGCCAUAUCAAGGAACAAAGAGGCGCCAAACAAAGCCUAAAAGCGACAAUGAGAAUAUAAUUGAGGAGAGCAAUGUUACCACCAACAUUAGUCACGAUGCCAUUGUUUGCAAGAGACCAAAGAGAGAAGUUGGUUGUUCGAAUUUCAAUGAGAAGGCAUUUGACUUAUCUGAAGAAGAUUCACUUGUCACAACCAAGGAAAUCAUAAUUGAGGAGGAAAGAGAGGCAGUUAGAUUGACAAGUACAGGACCUGAAGAUAAGAAAUGCUGUAGAAAACUCAUCAAUUUCAUCCUACAUGGUAAAGAUGAUAAUCUGCAACCGUUAGAAAUGUCUCAGAGUGAUGGUGUCUCCAUGACAGCUCUUGUCAUGCCAUUUGAUGGUCAUAUCAAAAAGGACAGGAAAAGGGGAAUACGAUGUAUUAGAUUUGAGUGAAUCAAGGGACGGAAAUUUCCGGCUAUAAGGAAGGCGUUGUGGUAAUUUCGCUCUCAAUAGAACUAGCUGACUAUAUAUGUGUGAAGUCCACAAGAAGCUACAGGUCUUAUUUUGACCUUUUCAGC